CCCCCUAUAUGCAAAAAUUAAGAUGUCUUCAGAAGAGGCCAGGAGUGUAGUGGGGAGUGAAGUGAUGCCCUUGGAAUAUGGUGGCAUGGAUUCGGAGACCAGUCCGUCUCCAACUAGUUCGGAGAGGACAGUGGAGGAAAGGAGGGAUCAAAGUGUGGUAGAAGAGGUAGAAGAGGUAGAAGAGGAAGAAGAUGAGAUUCCCUCCAACAUUUUGGAGGCGGGGAAUAGGGUAGAUGGGUGUUACGACCCAGAUUUAGAUAUGGUAUGUGAGGUGAGGGGGUAUGUGAGCGAGUUAGGUAGCAGAGAAAGUCUUAGGGGCCUAGUGGACAACUGCAACCUCCCUCACCAUGUCCUAAUUAGGCCUGCCGGGGUGAAUGAGAGGGCAUGCUCAGCACCCCGAGACCAUUGGAUGCCCCUAUAUGUCCAUUAUCUGAUAGCAGGUCUUAGGUUUCCCAUUCCAGAAUUACUGGUUGGGCUAUUGUUAGAUUACAGCAUAGGAAUAACCCAAUUAACCCUAAAUGUCAUAAGGGCUGGGGGUAGGGGAGAGAAGGGGUGGUACUACUUCGGUCGUCGGUCGUCCAGCAAGGAUAAUAGGAAUUUAUUCACUGCUGGACCGUCAUCCAUCAAAGGAUGGAAAGAAAAAUUCUUCUUUGUGGAUGACACCGAGUGGAGCAUGAGGGAUGCCGAGGUGGAGCAGUUGUCUGCUUGGAAAGCUAAGAAAACCAAGCAGAACAACUAUAAAUUAAAUGAGGGUGAGGUGGAGGAGGUGGAGAAGCUGGAGAAGCUGGUGAGGGAGGAAGGAGAUGUGGUGGACAUCUUGUACCUCACCAGUCCGCAGGCAAUAGAGGCUGCUGAGCUCUAUGGGCCAAGCUCAUUGAGUGAAGCUGAGAUGGAAGAGUUUACAAAUGCUGCUGGGGGGCUGCGCAUCCCGAAGAAGCCAAGGAAGAAGUCAAGGACUUCAACUGCGGCGAACAAAGGGGCGGUAAAGAGAGAGCGCCUGCCCAGCACUUCUGCUCGAGUGUUGGAGAUACAGCCAAGACCAGAAGUUGUGAUGGGGGGGAGUGAGGAUGUGAGCGAGGAAGUGGCACCGCUCCAAAGGAAGAAGAGGAAGGUGUCACAACCAGAAGCCAGGGGGGAUGAGGUGGUGGAGUUCGUGCCUCGGCCUUCUCCUCCAGAAACUGAUCCUGAAGUCCGGGAUAGGGAAGAGGUCGAGGUGCGAAGCCUUGGUGGGGGCAGGGAGCGUACCCCUCCUCACACGUACCAGAAGAGUUUGUUUAAGGCAACAAACACGACUGGGGCGAAGCACUUCCUCAACUCAUCUCUUCCUGAGGUGGAUAGGAGGCAGGGGAAGGACGAGGUGGUGAGCCAUGUGGGGUAUACCGUUGUGAGGCAUGCCCUGGAGUGUGCAAGCUGGACAAACGCUCUUGUGCAGGAGUAUGCAGAGAGUGUGAGAGAUCGUGCCAGCUUGCUGAGGCAGUGCGAACAGCUGCAGAAGGAGAAGGAUGAGCUGCAGAAGGGAAAGGGGGAAUGGGAGAAGGAGAAGAAGGAGAUGCAGAGGAGGCUGGAUGAAGUUCUCCCUUCAGUGACCGAGCUCCAGAACGAGAAUGAUGUCCUGAGCACGAAGCUUGUCCUCGAAAAACGUAAGAGAAAGAUCUGUGAGGAGAAGCUCGAGGCUGAGGACAAAUAUAUUGACAACAUGAGGAAAGGAGCAACGGAGCUGAAGAAGAACGUGAACCUGCUAGUUCACAACGGGAUGGAGGAGCACAUAGGCAACUUCCUCAACUCCAGCACCUUCGAGGACAUCCUCAAACUCUACCGGCUGCUAACCGCAAUUGUGGCCUUCACCGACUGUAGAAAGAAGGUGAAGGCCCAGUACUCAGAGGUGGACGUGACAACAGUCACCUUUGGGGAACAAGAAGAAGGGGUGGAGGAAGAUGGGGAGAGCCUCUAUGCUGACUUCCGACCUCAGAUUACGCUGAGGUGGGAGCGUGAUGCAAAGGGGCUCACUAUUUUUCCUCCAACCUUCGAGGCUGAGUUGGUGGCAGUGGGGGGAGAAGAAGAAGAAGAAGAAGAAGGAGUGCAGGGCGCUGGAGCUGAGGAUCAGGCAGCAAUGGCCGAAGUGCAGCCUCCCGAGGUGUAGCAACUGGCCCCUCCUGAAGUAGAAGUGCCACCCCUGCCCUCUGGAGACCAGCCACCCCCACCUCCUCUUCCUGCCGAGGAGCAGCCUCCUCCUCAGCAGAUUAGCUUAGGAGUUUUUUUUUUUUUGUAUUUUUAGUUAUAUUGGUAUAUAUAAUUUUUUGUACUUGAUUGGUUAUUAAGUUAUAAAAUUUUUGAAGUUAU